AUGACUACCCCAGACGCCGAUGAAAUGGAGCAAUUUCAACGGUUAUCUGACCAGUACCAGGCUGACCUGCCGGGACCACUUGUCGGGGAGAAAAGACCAGUUUCCGACCUUGUUGCAGAAUACGCCCAGGCUGAUCAGACCUAUGUUGUGAAAACAACAGCUCUGGCCAGGACACAUGCUUCCUACCGCUCCAUCAAAGGUGACGGUCAGUGCGGCUGGCGAGGUGCCAUGUUCGGCUACUUCGAGAUUCUCUUGAGCUCUGGAGAUAUUGGUCUUGUCGCAAGAGAAAAAGAGCGCCUGCAAGGCUUCGAGCAAACCAUGCGAGCCGUUGGUGUUGACUACGAUCUCCUCGUUGACAUGUUCGACUACACAUGGGAUCUCUUUGAUGCGAUCAAAGACGCCAUCCAACGCGGAGAGCAGAGUGAGAAGAUUCUCAUGGAAGCCUUGAACGACCAAGGCUCCUCGAAUUCCAUUGUCUAUCACUUCAAGAUGAUGACCAGCUCCUUCAUGAAAAUCCACUCCGAGCGCUACGCACCGUUCAUGGUCAUGCCAGUCUCAGAGUAUUGCAACUCUAGAAUCGAGCCGUCGCAUCAAGAGAUCGAACACAUUGGUCUUCAAGCUCUGAAUGAUGCAGUGAUUGCCCCAGCUUAUAUCGGGCUGGAGGUACUGUACUUGGACAGAAGCGCAGGGGAUGAAGUCACUCCGCAUAGAUUUGUUGAGGAUUCUCAGAAUUGGUCAAGUAUCCGCUUGAUCUACAGACCUGGUCAUUAUGAUAUCAUCUACAAAGACCAUAAACCGGUACAGGUUCUCAUGCAAACUCACACACCUCAGUACAUUCCAGCAUACGAGGAGAAUUUCAUCAGAGGUGACAUGGAUACUAUCAAUCUGCAUUCAUUUGUGUUUCCUGAGGCAAAUGUCGUGGCUUCACAAAAUCUGGCAACCACGUCGCCAAUGUCCCCGAUGAAUCCAUACUCUUCUCCCUAUCAACAAGCUCCGCCGAUGGUCUACGAGGAUCCAGCGCUUCUACCUCGGACAUCAUAUUUUCCGACGACCACAAUGCCCAGCAUGACACAUCAGCAUCGACAAGAGCCUCCUGCUUUGGCGAUUAGAUCUCAGCCCACUCCUCUACGCAGCUACUCUUCCUCCGCGCUUCCAGCGGAUUCGCAAGCUUCGAAAUGGAACCGAUCAGUGUCGCCUUCACCACCAACACCUGCUUCAGCAGGAAGCAACCCCAAACCUCAGGAGUUUCGCAUUCGCUACAGUCUGGUCUGUUAUCAACAGUAUCAACAUCAGAGUCUCCCACUGGAUGCCGCGGCAUUUGGAAAUUCUACCCAAUCGACAGCCCACUUCGCACAUCUUCAGUUCCAGCCUAAUAUGUGGAAGGCAGAAGAUGAAUAUGGCAAAUGA